AGAACCUCGGCAUAGCUCCGCUCCGUUGGAGUCAUCUCGGCUACGGCACCGAGUCCGAGGUCGGAUGAAGCUACCUAUCUUCCGAAUAAGUCAAUGCACGGGGUUGGCAUACUCGACACCUUAACUUAUCUUGGCUACCUGUUAUCAUCAUCACACAUUUAAUCGUUCUGAAUUACCUAGCAAUUGACUGAUUUCCCACCCUAUAACCCUUAUUAUUAUCAACGUACCUACUUGAGGUAACAUGGCUGAAACUUCAACAACUCAACCUCCCGCCGACGAUAAGAUCCUAGUCGAAGCUUCCGAGGCGCGCAAGUUCGUCGAGAACAUCCUCGAAGGCAACGGCGUACCAAAGCCCAACGCCGCCAUCGUAGCGCGGUGUCUCGUAGCGGCGGACCUGCGGGGCGUCGACACGCAUGGCAUCAACCGGAUCCCGUCGUACAUGGCGCGCGUGCGCAGCGGGGUGCUAGACGCGGCCGCGUCCCCGGACGUCGCCAAGGUCACCCCGGCGGUCGCGCGGGUCGACGGGCGCAACGGCUUCGGGUUCCUGGCGGCGGAGGCCGGGAUGCGCGCGGCGUGCGAGAUGGCGCGCGAGCUCGGCGUCGGGAUGGCCGGCGUCCGGCGCUCGAACCACUUCGGCAUGAGCGCCUGGGUUGUCCAGCAGGCGAUCGACGCCGGCAUGAUUAGCCUCGUGUUCACCAACUCGAGCCCCGCGCUCCCCGCGUUCGGCGGCCGCAGCAAGCUCCUGGGCGUGUCGCCCAUCGCGUGCGGCGCCCCCGGCGGCAAUCCGGGGAAGCCGUUUAUCCUGGACAUGGCGCCGUCGGUGGCGGCGCGGGGCAAGAUUUACAAGGCGAAGAGGAGAGGCGAGAAGAUACCCCUAGAUUGGGCUCUGGAUGCGGAAGGGAGACCGACGGAUGAUCCGGCUGCGGCUUUGGAGGGGGUUAUGCUGCCCAUGGGAGGGCCUAAAGGGUCGGCGCUGGCGAUCAUGAUGGAUGUGUUCUCAGGGGUACUAUCAGGCUCUGCAUUCGCAGGCGGAGUUACCGGCCCGUACGACCCCAGCAAAGCAUCGGAUGUCGGCCAUUUCCUAGUGGCUAUCAAGCCGGACCUAUUUAUGAGCCUCGACGAGUUCCGGGAGCGCAUGGACAUUUUGUAUCAACGCGUCGUGGGCUCGGAUAAGGCCGCUGGGGUCGAGCGUAUAUACUUCCCGGGAGAGAUCGAGCAGCUGACGCAGGAGCAGAGGGAAAAGACAGGAAUUCCGUUCGUGCAGGCCGAAAUUGAUGCGUUGAAUGAGGAGGCGAAGAAAGUCGGAAAGCCUCUUCUCGUUGUUAAGGGUCAGUGAAGAGAGUACUAGAUGGAUGAC